AUGUCAUCCGCACUACUUGAACCGGUCCGUUAUACUGGCAGAGAUGGACAAGCGCUUGAAACUAUAUCUGAUGACAUCGAUGCCCUCAACGUUCUGAAGUCGGAAAUGAGAAGGGAGAGAGCAUUGGAGAAACUCAACACUUUCAUCGAUGAGUCUGAUCCGGAUACGUCUCUCUCUCAGAUCGAGCAUCUGCUUCAGACGGCUGAGGCUAUAAGACUCGAUGGAAGACCGCGCUGGAUGCAGCUAACAGGUCUUAUUCAUGACCUUGGAAAGCUUCUCUUCUUUUUCGGUGCUCAAGGCCAAUGGGACGUCAUCGGUGACACAUUCCUAGUCGGAUGUGCCUUUGACAAGCGCAUCACCUUAUCGGACACGUUCAAAGGCAAUCCGGACUAUGGCCAUGAAAUCUACGGAACCAAGUACGGCAUCUAUAAGUCCGGUUGUGGUUUGGAUAGCACGAUGCUCUCCUGGGGCCACGAUGAGUACCUCUACUAUGUUGUUAAGGAUCAGUCAACUCUACCGGACGAGGCUCUUGCAAUGAUUCGCUAUCAUUCCUUUUACCCGUGGCAUUCUGGUGGGGCAUACCAAGAAUUCAUGGAUGAACAUGGCAAUGCCAUGUUAACAGCUGUAAAGGCCUUCAAUCCUUAUGGUUUAUAUAGCAAGAGUGAUGAUACCCUAAGCGUUGAGGAGUUGAAGCCUUAUUACCUGGAGCUUAUCCAUGAGUUUUUCCCAACUGAGAUUAUCAGAUGGUGA